AUGUUAUAUUCUAUUUUAUUAUUAUUCUUCCCUAUAUUAGCUAUAUUCUACUAUACUCUACUACAAUCUAUAUUAUUAUUAUUAUUAUUAUUAUUAUUAUUAUUAUUAUUAUUAUUAUUAUUAUUAUUAUUAUUAUUAUUAUUAUUAUUAUUAUUAUUAUUAUUAUUAUUAUUAUUAUUAUUAUUACUAUUAUUAUUAUUAUUACUAUUACUAUUACCUCAUCGUUCUUCGCGUAAGUCAUUAAUUGCUGUAAGAAUAACAUUGACGUAUGCUGGUGCGCCGCAGGUCGGGUGCCGAGCGAUGAACGCAGACGCGGGCGCGGACGCCGUCGCUGCCUUGACCGCUGACGGUCAUCAAUCACUCGAUUACUGUAAGAUUAUGCGACAUUGA